AGUCCUCCUUCCCUUCAGCUUCGGUGCUUCCCAUGAGCCAUCCCUGCAAUCAGAAACUAUGCUUUCCCUGAGGGUCGCCUGCCUCAUCCUGAGCUUGGCCAGCACAGUCUGGACUGCAGACACCGGCACCACAAGUGAAUUCAUAGAAGCAGGAGGAGAUAUUCGUGGCCCAAGAAUUGUGGAGAGACAGCCUAGUCAAUGCAAGGAGACAGAUUGGCCCUUCUGCUCUGAUGAAGACUGGAACCACAAAUGCCCUUCAGGCUGCAGGAUGAAAGGGUUGAUUGAUGAAGCCAAUCAGGACUUUACAAACAGAAUCAACAAGCUCAAAAACUCACUAUUUGAUUUUCAAAAGAACAACAAGGAUUCUAAUUCACUGACCAGGAAUAUCAUGGAGUAUUUGAGAGGGGACUUCGCUAACGCCAACAACUUUGAUAACACUUUCGGGCAAGUGUCAGAGGACCUGAGGCGCAGAAUUGAGAUCCUAAAGCGCAAAGUCAUAGAGAAAGCGCAACAGAUUCAGGUUCUGCAGAAAGACGUCCGGGAUCAGCUGAUAGACAUGAAGCGCCUGGAGGUGGACAUUGAUAUCAAGAUCCGCUCUUGCAAAGGAUCCUGCAGCAGGUCUGUAAGCCGUGAGAUAAAUCUAAAGGACUACGAAGGUCAGCAAAAGCAACUUGAACAGGUCAUUGCUAAAGAGUUGCUUCCGGCAAAAGACAGGCAGUACUUGCCAGCAAUAAAAAUGUCUCCAGUUCCCGACUUGGUUCCCGGAAGUUUUAAGAGCCAGCUUCAGGAGGGGCCCCCAGAGUGGAAGGCAUUAACAGAAAUGAGGCAGAUGAGAAUGGAGCUGGAGAGGCCCGGGAAGGAUGGGGCUUCGCGAGGAGAUUUACCAGGAGAUUCGCGAGGAGACUCUGCAACACGUGGACCAGGGUCGAAGAUAGAAAACCCCAUGACCCCUGGACAUGGUGGGUCUGGGUAUUGGCGUCCUGGGAGCUCCGGAUCUGGAAGUGAUGGAAAUUGGGGCUCUGGGACAACGGGGUCUGAUGACACUGGAACCUGGGGUGCAGGAAGCUCCAGACCUAGCUCAGGCUCUGGGAACCUUAAGCCUAGCAACCCUGACUGGGGUGAGUUUUCAGAGUUUGGAGGGAGUAGCAGCCCAGCGACAAGAAAAGAGUAUCACACAGGAAAACUGGUCACUUCUAAAGGAGAUAAAGAGCUCCUCAUUGGAAACGAGAAAGUUACCUCUACUGGCACAAGCACCACACGUCGUUCAUGCUCUAAAACCAUUACUAAGACUGUUUUGGGUAAUGAUGGUCACCGGGAAGUGGUCAAAGAAGUGGUCACUUCGGAUGAUGGUUCUGACUGCGGUGAUGGCAUGGACUUAGGCCUGACCCACAGUUUUAGUGGCAGACUUGACGAACUUUCCCGAAUGCAUCCUGAACUUGGUUCCUUUUAUGACAGCCGCUUUGGUUCACUCACAAGUAACUUCAAAGAAUUUGGCAGUAAGACCUCUGAUUCUGACAUCUUCACAGACAUCGAGAACCCUAGCUCCCAUGUACCUGAGUUUUCUUCCAGUAGUAAAACCUCAACUGUCAGGAAACAAGUAACCAAGAGCUAUAAAAUGGCAGAUGAGGCAGCAAGUGAAGCUCACCAAGAAGGAGACACUCGAACCACCAAGAGGGGCCGAGCUCGCACAAUGAGAGACUGCGAUGAUGUCCUUCAAACACAUCCUUCAGGUGCCCAAAAUGGCAUUUUCAGUAUCAAGCUACCUGGAUCCAGUAAGAUAUUUUCUGUUUAUUGCGAUCAAGAGACCAGUUUGGGAGGAUGGCUUUUGAUCCAGCAAAGAAUGGAUGGAUCACUGAAUUUUAACCGGACCUGGCAAGACUACAAGAGAGGUUUCGGCAGCCUGAAUGACAAGGGGGAAGGAGAGUUCUGGCUAGGCAAUGACUACCUCCACUUACUCACUCUGAGAGGCUCUGUCCUCAGGGUUGAAUUAGAGGACUGGGCUGGAAAAGAGGCUUAUGCGGAGUACCACUUCCGGGUAGGCUCUGAGGCAGAGGGCUAUGCACUGCAGGUCUCCUCCUACCAGGGUACCGCUGGAGAUGCUCUGAUGGAGGGCUCUGUGGAGGAGGGGACAGAAUACACUUCACACAGCAACAUGCAGUUCAGUACCUUUGACAGAGAUGCAGACCAAUGGGAAGAGAACUGUGCCGAGGUCUACGGGGGAGGCUGGUGGUACAAUAGCUGUCAAGCCGCCAAUCUCAAUGGCAUUUACUACCCUGGGGGCACCUAUGACCCCAGGAACAACAGUCCCUAUGAGAUAGAGAACGGAGUGGUCUGGGUUCCCUUCAGAGGAGCGGAUUAUUCUCUGAGGGCCGUUCGGAUGAAAAUCAGACCGCUGGUGGGACAGUAGCUGAAGGAAUGGAAAGUGGGGGCUCUGCUUUCUUUGCUUGGUUAGCCGAGAAGAAUGAUCAGAAGAGGAAGGUGUCACGGAUCUUGUGAACUUUUUAGAAAUUCCCUGGUGCUAUUCCAUUGUUCUUUGUACUGUAGCUGAACACAGCUGAGAUGCGUUACUGCUUUGAAAAAAAAAUAAAGUUUUACAUUUUUUCCCCA